UGUGAAUGUACAAUCAGGGGCGGACUGACCAUUUGGAAACUCGGGAACUGCCUGAGGGCCCGGGGUCAGUAGGGGGCCCCAUGAGAUGCCCCUGGUACCUUUUUUCAUAGGUUUUUUUGAGUUUGGGCAAGGACACAGGGGCCCCAUGAUCCCCUAUUGCCUGGGGGCCCCAUGAGUUGUCAGUCCGCCCCUGUACUAAACUGUAGGCAUUUGCACAUGCUCAGUUUGGUGUUUAUUUCUAGAGAGGGGUUUUUUUUCUUGGGAGAGUGCAUGCUGUUGACUUUGCAUUGCAAUGCAAUCUCAUCUUUUAUAUGUUACCAAACAUAAGGUUAGUAAAUGUGGUAAAAGCACUCCACUGAAUUCCAUCACCAGUCACAAACA